AGUUGUUAGACUUUUCUUACCUUCCUUCUCAUCAUCCCUUCAAUCUCCCUAUCUUUCUAAUCUUUCAUUUUUUCAUAUUCAACUUCUUCUCUAUAGAAUUAGGAUUAGAUAUGGUGCUGCUUUCCCCAAUUCCAAUAAGGACUGAGAAGAUUUUACCCAUUAAACUUCCUGUUGUGGACUUAUCCACAGAAAGAUCAAUGCUAACAAAACUCAUAGUCAAAGCCUGUGAGGAGUACGGUUUCUUCAACGUCAUCAACCAUGGCGUUUCUUAUGACACUGUAGCAAAAAUGGAAGAAGCGGCUUUUGAUUUCUUCGCCAGACCACUGCCCCAAAAGAAACAACUUCCCAUUUAUGGCUGCAAGAACAUAGGCUUCAAUGGAGACAUGGGUGAGAUUGAGUACCUUCUCCUCAGUGCUUCUCCUACCUCCAUUGCUCACUUCAACAACAUCUCCAACGUCCCCUCAAACUUCAGCUGUAGUGUGAGUGCAUACAGAGAUGGAGUUCGGGAGCUGGCAUGUGAGAUUUUGGAGCUAAUGGCAGAGGGUCUGGGGGUUCCGGAUAGAUGGUUUUUGAGCAGGUUGAUCAGGGAUGUUGAUAGUGACUCAGUGCUGAGGUUCAAUCACUACCCAGCUACACUUAACAAAAACUGCAAGGAUAAGGACAUGUCUCCCUCUCACACCAACACCAAUGUUGGCUUUGGGGAGCAUUCUGACCCUCAGAUUCUCACCAUCCUCAGAUCCAACGACGUCGCUGGCCUCCAAAUCUCUCUUCAAGAUGGGGUGUGGAACCCAGUUCCUCCUGACCCCUCAGCUUUCUGUGUUAAUGUGGGUGAUCUCUUGCAGGUUAUGACAAAUGGAAGAUUUGUGAGCGUGAGACACAGGGCUGUGACAAACUCACACAAGUCUAGAAUGUCGGUGGCUUAUUUUGGGGGUCCACCACUUGAUGCAUGCAUUGUUGCUCCCUCAGUUAUGGUUACACCUCAGAGGCCCUCCCUCUUCAAACCCUUCACUUGGGCUGAAUACAAGAAAGUCACCUACUCAAUGAGGCUGGGAGAACGCCGCAUUGACCUUUUCAGGAACUGCACGCAACUCCACACUCAAAACUACACUUCCUAAGACCAUUACCACUGCCUUUUGCCUUUUCCUGCGCUUCCAUUCUUCUUCUCAUGCUGUUUCUUAUGUGCUUUGCCAAAAUAUGCCACCCAUUCCGUCCUACUCUGCCAAUUAACUUUAUAUGGCAA